CCUGGCAAGGAGGAUGUCAGAAGUAUUUCCCUGCGUCGGAUGAAUCAGUCGGGGCCGGGAAAGCCGUCUGCGGGCGACCGAGCCGCCUGGGAUCGCAGAUACUUCAGCACCUGGCGCGUGGAGCCGUGCGUCGGGGAGCUGGCGUUCAUCGACCCCGAGGUGGCGAAGAAAGCCUGCGAAGAGGUCCUGGAGAAGGUCAAGCUGAUGCACGGCGUCCCCUCCGACAGCUCAGCAAAACCAGCCGAUGGCAGCGAUGCAGAGCGUGCCCCACGGACCGCGGUGGAUUUGGCCAACGGAGACAUCGGGGAGGGCUGUGAGAUCAAGUGCUUGGACGAUCCGCCCGGCACAGCCUCCAGGAUCCAGGAGGAGGACGAGACCAUGGCCAACACGGUGAAAACCGCCCGGAAGCGGCAGAAGAACAACUCUGCUAAGCAGUCCUGGCUCCUCCGGCUCUUUGAAUCCAAACUCUUUGACAUCUCCAUGGCCAUUUCAUACUUGUACAAUUCAAAGGAACCUGGUGUGCAGGCUUACAUUGGGAAUAGGUUGUUCUGCUUUAGGAACGAAGAGGUGGACUUCUACCUGCCACAGCUGCUGAACAUGUACAUUCACAUGGACGAGGACGUGGGAGAUGCGAUCAAGCCCUACAUCGUGCACCGCUGCCGGCAGAGCAUCAACUUCUCCCUGCAGUGUGCCCUGCUGCUGGGCGCCUACUCCUCGGACAUGCACAUCUCCACUCAGCGACACUCCCGCGGGACCAAGCUGCGGAAACUCAUCCUCUCGGACGAGUUGAAGCCAGCUCACAAGAAGAGGGAGCUGCCGUCGCUGAGCCCAGCGCCCGAUACGGGGCUGUCUCCUUCCAAAAGGACUCACCAGAGGUCCAAGUCGGACGCCACCGUCACCAUCAGCCUGAGCAGCAAUCUGAAGCGCACAGCCAGCAAUCCCAAAGUGGAGAGCGAGGAGGAGCUGCCCGAGAUCCACACCAACAGCUGUGACAACAUCUCCCAGUUCUCUGUGGACAGCAUCACCAGCCAGGAGAGCCGGGAGCCCGUCUUCAUCGCUGCUGGAGACAUCAGAGAAGAAACAUCUGCAGGGGUUAAUGGGGGCUCUGCAGGCUGCGGGCAGCGGAGGUCCAUCUGGGAGCAGGAGCGCGUCCCGCUCUGGAUCAAGCCAUACAAAAUCCUCGUCAUCUCCGCCGACAGCGGCAUGAUUGAGCCGGUGGUGAAUGCUGUGUCCAUCCACCAAAUCAAGAAGCAAUCCCUGCUUUCGCUGCUGGAUUAUUUCCUGCAAGAACACGGCAAUUACAACACCGAGUCCUUCCUGACGGCCCAGAGGAAUUUCGUGCAGAGCUGUGCCGGUUACUGCCUGGUGUGCUACCUCCUGCAGGUCAAGGACAGGCACAACGGCAACAUCUUGCUGGAUGCGGAUGGACACAUCAUCCACAUCGAUUUUGGGUUCAUCCUCUCCAGCUCCCCCAGGAACCUUGGCUUUGAGACCUCGGCCUUCAAACUCACCACGGAAUUCGUGGACGUAAGUGAGCAGGGGCCGUGA